CCCCGUCGACGACCGAUUAUUUUUUCCGCUGCAGUCGUAACCCAGCUCAUUCCCUACCGAAGCUCAGCCCCAACUCGCCUCGCGCCAGUGCAUCCAAAGGCCCUGUUGCAUGUCUCCCCACGAUCAGGAAGCCAUCCCCCCCAACCCGCAGGGGAUCUCGAGAGAUGCGACUGUAUCAAAUGACAGCGGAGUAAGCCCGGCUCCGAAUGGGUCUUCUGGGGAAGCAGAGGGAAGAGCGGCCGAGACUGGCUCGCAAGAUCAUGGCGACGAGAAGCGCACAAGCACCGCAGAGCAUUCCCCAGUGUCGCCGCACGGUUUCAGCGGACAUGUCGAGCAGGACAAACUCCCCGAGGAAGGAGACCCGAUGUCCUCGUCGAUCGCAACCCUGAAGCCGACAACGACCCCGACUACUACAACCUCCACGCAGUACUUGACUGCCGAAUCCAAAGUUUACAUUGAUCCCACGCCACCUACACCGACAUAUUCCCGGCCUCCUUCACGAGCGCCCUCCUCGGCUGCCCAUUCGAGAUCCGAGGACCCGUCCCCAACGAGAUCCGAUACGGCCUACGAUGACAAGAGAUACACGAGCGAGGAUGAGCAAGAGCGGGGAUCUAGGUCCGAAAUUCAGAGCAUCAUGGAGCAAUUCAGCGAGCAACGAGGAGGCCCUGGUCCGGACGAGGUUAUGAGUCCCAGGCUGGAGAUGGCAUCACCUCUACUUGGAACUUCGGUCCAGCAUCCUCCACGGAAAUCGAGCCUCGAGCCCCUAGCUCCCUCUAUCGCGCAACAGCUCCAAGAUUUGCAAGGCCUUCGGGUAUCGGCCUCAUCGCCGACCAGUGCAAAGUCAAGGAACGAAGGCGAAGAGCCUGGACCUCCCGUCCCGCCAAAGGACGAGUCUGCUCAUUCGGGGCGCUCGCGGGAGGAGAGCGGAGAGUCCCCCAUGUCUCCCAUAUCCUCGCUUCACCGCCCGCCCCCGCCAGAACCCGAACCCGAGCCGGCGCUGCCGUUCGACUUCCAUAGGUUCUUGGAGCAGCUCCGCAACAAAAAGGCCGAUCCAGUCGCCCGGUAUCUCAAGUCCUUUCUUUCCGAGUUCGGAAAGCGCCAGUGGAUGGUGCACGAGCAGGUCAAGAUUAUCAGCGAUUUCCUCGCCUUCAUCGCAAACAAGAUGGCCCAGUGCGAGGUAUGGAAGGACGUUUCGGAUGCCGAGUUUGACAACGCCCGAGAAGGCAUGGAGAAGCUUGUCAUGAACCGCCUUUAUGCGCAGACCUUCUCCCCCGCCAUCCCCCCACCCCAACCGCUACCGGGGCCAAGAAAGAGGAGGGGACAAGAGCGAAUCAUGGGCCCGGGACGGCGCGGUCAGCAUCAGGAGGAUGUGGAACGAGACGAGGUCCUUGCGCAGAAGAUCAAAAUUUACAGCUGGGUCAGGGAGGAGCAUCUCGACAUUCCACCAGUAAGCGAGAGCGGGAAGCGGUUUCUGAAGCUCGCUCAACAGGAGCUGCUCAAGAUCAAGUCAUACCGUGCGCCACGGGACAAGAUCAUCUGCGUCCUGAACUGCUGCAAAGUUAUUUUCGGCCUGCUUAAACACACCAAGUCGGACUCUUCUGCCGAUUCCUUCAUGCCAUUGUUGAUUUACGUUGUACUGCAGGCCAAUCCGGAGCAUCUGGUGUCCAACGUCCAGUACAUUCUGAGAUUCCGGAAUCAGGAGAAGUUGGGUGGAGAAGCUGGCUACUACCUCUCUUCACUGAUGGGUGCAAUCCAGUUUAUUGAGAACAUGGACCGGACAACUCUCACCAUAUCCGAUGAGGAGUUCGAACAGAACGUCGAGGCCGCCGUCUCCGCCAUCGCGGAGAAACACCGCUCUGAGUCCCCACCGCCUCCUCCUCCCCAGUCCGAGAAGUCGGCCGCUUUAAGGCCUCCAACCGCGAGUGGCUCGGGUUCUUCGUCUACCAGACCGUCCCUCGACGUCGACCGCCCGGCAAGUCCGCGCCGCUCGACGCCGCCCGACGAGCCUCGGGACAGUGGCGAGUACAGCGGCAGCGACGAGAAGGCUGCCAUCACCGGGCUGCUGCGAUCUAUCCAGAAGCCGCUCAGCACGAUCGGCAGGAUAUUCUCGGACGAGCCUUCGUCGUCGUCGUCGUCGGCGGCGGCGGCGGCAACAAGCGGUAACACAGGCAUCGCCAGCCCGGCGCGCACGCCACAGCCGGAACGCGGCGACGCCGACUUGCGUGCUCGGCAGCGGAUGUCGGCAGAGGAGGCAGCGGCGCGACAGGCGAGUGCGGAGGCGGCCGAGGCGCAGCGGCUUCAGCGAGCCGAGCACGCCAACGUGGUAGAGACGCUGGCGGGCAUGUUUCCGGAUCUGGACCGGGAAGUCAUCAGUGAUGUGGUGUACCAGAAACAGGGGAGGUGAGUGAUUCCAUUUGUGCUCUUGGAAUAGGGCGAGUUUACUGACGGUAGUAG